UUAAUUUCGUUUUCUCAUCAGUAUUCCUUCGUGUGUUCAUUUAGAAAUACGCAUCCCAUCAUUUCAAUGUAAUUCGUUUAUUAAAUAACGUAAAUAAUAAUUGUUAGUCAUAUUGUCAUAUUAGUUUAAUUUUGGCGGCAAAAAUGACAGCUGUCAAAGUUGUGACUUUCGUCGUUUUUGUGUUAUCUGUUCAAGUAGUUUGUUGGACGGUGGAUUUGUCGGAAAUGAAUAAAUUAGAUGCGGAAAUGGUGACAACUGAAAAAAAUGAAGAAAUUAAUGAGGAGGAACGUAUGAAAAAUGAUAUAAACGAUGAGUAUCAAACAACUAAUAAUUAUGCUGAGGAUUUAGAAUACCAAAGUUAUAUGGAAAAACGGAUUCACGGGGUUCUCAACAAUGGGAGUAUAUACCUGGACGGAUUGCGGAAGGCGAUGGCGCAUUACCGCGAGACCCUUGAAAACUGCUCUACACUAUCGACAACUCCUGCACCGUCCACCUGGCUCCCAGAGAACGGAACAUAUCAGCAAUCUGAAGAGGACAUAUGUAGGAGCGUGUUAGCUGCCAGUGACCAAGUCACGAAGCUCUCGGAACUAGCUCUCUGGGCUACAAAUGAGUUACGGGAGAGGAAAUUCGCCAAAGACAAGGAAUCUGCCCAAGAAGAAGAGGAAUUACUUUUAAAAUUGGCCUGGUUCUUGGACCAGUUAGCACAACUAACUGGAUACGCACCAGAUCCAUCUGACUUCCAAACUACAACACUUGAGUUUACAACCACAGAGCCUACAAUAACAACAGACACUCAAACACCAACAACAGACACGAGUGACUUCGAAAUAAUGCAGUCUGUGGAAAAUGGUCCCCCUUUAUCAAAAUUCGCGCCAAAAAAUUUGAAAAUUACAAAACGUUCCGUAGACGAAACUACAAAUUUUAUUAAGAAUUACGUGAAAUAUAAAGUCUGGAACAGUGAUAAUGAUAAUGGAAACAGGGAUGAUAAAAAUGACGAUUCCUUUGAUGUUCAGAAUCAUUUAAACGUGAAACCAAUUCAAAAGCGGUCCGUAUCGACAAAAAAAGCGACAAUAAUGCGCCCUCUUUCAUUGAGGAACCUCUCAAAAAUGAAUUACAAGAGUGACCCAAAGAAGCGGGUUAAUCGUCUGUUAAAAAAAUACCGCGUGAAAGAUAAAAAAACAAUGCGAAAAAUAGACAAGAAGAUGGUACAAAAACGUUCAGUAAUCUAUUAUAGCGACGUUAUAUCUAGGAUUCCGGAGAACCCAAUGCAAGAUUUAAGUUAUUAUGCCAAGAGUAAGCCGGGGACUAUAAUAAAUCCUUCAUUUUCACAAGAGGAUAACGUGUAUCAUACUUUACGAGAGCAUUUAAAUGUACACCAUCUGGAUGAAGUGAAAAGAUUUGGCGCCAACGUGACAGUGGGAGUAGUUGCUUUAAAUUUGGGAAUAAAUAAAACUUUAGCCGAUUCUUAAUGUAAUGUACCUACGUAUUUGUUAUUGGGUACAUUUAAUAGAAUUCAAUAAGAAAUUUAAUAAAUUAAGAUUUUUAUGUCGUAUUGUGCUAGAAGUUAAUGUGAUAUUAAAUUGUCGAGAAAAUUACUAAGUCCUACUUUUUACACAGAAACAGUCAGCUUAACUUCGACGUGUGUUCCAUUUAACUUAUAGCUCUCGAUAUAACGAUAAAUAAUUGUCAGGCGGUGGGCAAGAAAAAAA